AUGAGUUACAAUACGGGGGCCACUUUCGUCCCUGGGGGAGAUGAUUCCUAUUACAUGCCAGAAAUCAUACAGCCAACCCCUAACAGAGUACAUGAGCUGCCCAGCAAUAUGCAACAAAAUGUGGCCCAGAUGGAGCAAGUUGCCUCAAAUCCCAAUUCAGCGAAUUCUGCCUACUCAGGAUCGGUCUACUCUCCCCAGUCUGCCGAAUAUAUGCAGGGCAACGUGCAAACUUGGGCGCCGUCGCAACCCUCUAGUAUGAACGCGCCAGGGUACGAUCAGAGGGCGCCCAACGACCGCCAAACCCAAUCUUACAGGCAAGAUAAUCUUUUCCCGCCCAGAACGACCUCGAUGGCCCCGACGGCCCCGACGGAACAGCCAAACUUCUCUCCGUUUCCCAUGCUUCGCAACCCUCCUCCCAACAUCCCCCCUACCGAUGAACAGAAAGAGGCUACACUGGAAGCCGCAAGGGUUGCUGUGCUCGGCUGCGACGACCCUGAUACCCAGCUCGCGUGGGCUCAAGACGCCUUGUCAUAUGUGGAGGUGUGUCAGCAGAACGAGGAAAGAAUCGCUUUGGCACAAGCACCCAGAACGAGAACGCCUCGAAUUGAGCACGUUCUCAAAGAAGAUGCUCUCAAGAUUGUCAAUUUUCUCGCCGAUCAACAUCAUCCCAAGGCGGAGUUUAUGAGGGGCAUGUGGCUUGAAUUUGGUAAGUUCGGGCACCGGGUCGACAAAAAAGAAGCAUUCUAUUGCUAUACAAGAGCUGCGGAAAAAGGAUACGUCCGCGCGGAUUACCGGAUUGGGAUGCAAUUCGAAUCCUCAAACGACGCAUUGAAGGCGAUCAGGUACUAUCAAAAGGGCGCGGAUGCUGGAGAUUCAGCGGCGUGCUACAGACUCGGGAUGAUGACACUCCUUGGCCAGCAUGGACAAGUGCAGAACUUCGAACGUGGCCUCAAUCUCAUCUAUAUGUCGGCUCAGACGGCAGAUGAAAAUGCGCCACAGGGUGCUUAUGUCUUCGGCAUGCUCCAAGCACAACAGAUGCCUCAAAUCCAGGUACCGGAUCAAUUUCUGCCCAGAGAUAUUGCCGGAGCCAAGAUGAACAUCGAAAAGGCCGCGUACCUCGGGUUUGCCAAGGCUCAAGUGAAAAUGGGGACUGCAUAUGAGCUUUGCGAGCUGGGCUGCUCUUUUGAUCCCGCUUUGUCACUGCACUACAAUGUCCUCGCAGCGAGACAGGGGGAGCCCGAAGCAGAAUUGGCAAUAAGCAAGUGGUUCCUCUGUGGCCAUGAGGGUCUUUUCGAGAAGAAUGAGGAAAUCGCCUUUACCUAUGCGCAGCGAGCAGCGCUUUCUGGAUUUCCAACAGCCCAAUUUGCUCUGGGUUACUAUUAUGAGGUCGGUAUUUAUGUCCCGGUCAACUUUGACCAGGCGAAAGAGUGGUAUCGCAAGGCAUCACAGAGCGGCAAUCAGGAUGCUACGGGAAGGAUCGAUGCUAUAUCCAGGUCAAAGACUUUGUCACGCAAGGAUCAUGAAAGUGUCGCUCUCAAAAAGAUUCGGCAGCAGCGUGGUUCGAUGAUUGGAGGACCCGACGUGCCUCCCGUCCCAGCAAUGCCAACCUUGUCCGAAGAGACGGAACCUGGUCAGCUCGAAAUGCCCGAUCCUUCUCGGUUGUCGCUCAACAAUCAGAGACCCCCUUCAGCAAGGCCAGGCAGUACAGCACCCUACCCUACUGGACCUCCCAAUAUGCCCUCUGUCAACCAGGGCCCAGAUUUUCGACCCGCGUCCGCGUUUGGCAUAAAUCCUAACCUCCGGCCAACCUCGGCAGCAGCCAUGGGCGCUCCAAGGCCUGAUCCAUACGGCACUCCCCCUUCGAACAUGCCUCCUCAGCAGCGGCCUUAUUCUAACCCCGGAGGAGCUGGCUACCCUGGGCCUGGCUAUGGUCGUGGAGGGCGCAUACCAUCAGGAGGACCUCCUCCACCUCAAGGACAAGGAACUCCUACCAUUCGCCCACCAUCAAGACCCAAUAGCUCUUCACCAUACCUGGGGCCAGGUCCUCCGCCAGGGGGACAAUCACCGCCCACAAAACUUGACAUUGGCUUUUCUGCUCCGCUCGAACCAGAGAGAAGACCCCGGCCUCAACAGCAGCAGAAUCCCAGCAAUCCUCCGCGUGGGUCUCCAAGACUUCAACAAGGCCCUCCAGGACAGCAGGGCGCCCCAUCGCAAAAUAGACCGGGUCCUCCUAACCCUCGGCCUGGACCAGGUCCGGCCGCAAACGUUGGUGGCUACGGUGGUAUGCCUAACCCCAACGGACGACCUCUUGCUGGCAACCAAAUGCAAGUUCCGCCCAAUGUCAGACCUGCAAAUCUCCCUCCUUCAAAACCUGACGCCAAUGCACCCGCUGGCGGCGCACCACCCUCGAAACCGAGUUCCGUCCCAGCGACGGCAGCUCGGCCCCCGGGCAAGGGACCCAAGACAUUCGAUGAGAUGGGUGUUCCGCCGGGGAAGGACAAAAGUGAAUGUGCUGUUAUGUAA